CUUGCUUUCCUGCCCUCCAUGCUCCACAGUGAGGAUACUCAGCUCCCCCCAGCCCCACCCACUCCUUCCUGUCCAGUUUGCUCAGGACCCACCAGCUAUAUGUUGAUGUCAGAAGAUAAACUUAUUUGGAGGUUGGAGGGAUAAGCAUGCAGGUGCCUCAAAGAAGCAGCCUCUGUACAUCCAAUAAUGGGUUUUGGUUUCCAUUUGGUACAGAAUGAGUGUUUCUGAACUGUGGGUGAGAGGCAGGAAGAGGAGUGGUUUUUUUUUUUUGAGAUGGAGUCUCCCUCCGUUGCCCAAUCUGGAGUUCAGUGACGUGAUCCCAGCUCACAGCAACCUCCGCCUCCCCGGUUCAAAGUAUUCUCCAGCCUCAGCCUCCCAAGUAGCUGAUUGCAGGCAUGUACCACCAUGUCCAGCUAAUUUUUGUAUUUUUAGUAGAGAUGGGGCUUCACCAUGUUGGCCAGACUGAUCCUGAACUCCUGACCUCAGGUGAUCCACCCACCUCAACCUCCCAAAGUGCUGGGAUUACAGGCAUGAGCCACUGCAUCUGGCCUGGAGUGGGUUCUUUCUAUACUGCUGUCCAAGCAGCCUCACUCUGUUUCCAGCGUCGGGAAUGUGCCUCCAAUAAUAUGGAGUGGGAGUCCUUGCCCUGGACCCUCCCUCCCCAGUUCACCACACCCCCUGAAGAUGGUGUGACCAAGGGCUGCUCUCCCUGAGCCCACCGUUCCUGCCUUCGGGCCAUUUGCCUAGGGUUUGAGGUUGGUAGAAAUGUUCACACUUCCCAGCAAUGAUCAUUCUCAAUUUGGAGGCAUGAGUCUCAGUCUCUAUGGGGCUCCUCUCUCUUUUUUGAAAUGUUUCCUCCAUGGUCUCCAUCUCUCCAUCCUGCCUGCCCCGGAACCCACUGGAUCUUGCUUGUUCCACCUGAAACUUGGUGAUUAUCAACUGUGCCCCUGACUGCACUGCCACCAAGUCCUUCCCCAUCUAUAUCGUGAGCUCCGAUUCCUCUUGCGUCUGGUUGAUUUUCACACCUCUUUUCCUACUUGAUAUGUGCCCGGCCCCUUGUUUAAAGACAGGGCACAGUUUACAUGAACCUUGAUCUUGUUUGCUUGGGCUGGGUCAUGGGGAAAGCGAAACUCAGACGUAAUUUAAGGAUAGACACAGAGUCAGCAAGACACAAGAUAGCAUCUUGACGGAAGGAUGGCUUCGUCCAGACCAAGACCAAGACCGAGACCGAGACUUGGAGACCUGAUUGAGAUUUUUCGCUUUGGCUAUGAGCACUGGGCCAUUUAUGUGGGAGACGGCUUUGUGAUCCAUCUGGCUCCCUGUGAAAUUGCCGGAGAUGUUGCGGCCAGUGUCCUGUCCGAACUGACCAACAAAGCCGUAGUGAAGAAGCAACUGCUGUCUGCCGUGGCUGGGAGAGACAACUACCGGGUCAACAACAAACAUGAUGACAGAUGCGAGCCACUGCCCGUCAACAAAAUCAUCAAGCAGGCGGAGGAGCUGGUGGGAAAGGAGUUUCACUAUUCGCUGACCAGUGACAACUGCGAGCACUUCGUGAACGGGCUGCGCUAUGGGAUCUCCCGCAGUGACCAGGUCACUGAUACCCUCAAGACAGUAAGUGUGGUAACAGGCAUCCUGGCUGUCGCAGGCCUUGCGGUGACGCUGCUGUCCAGAAGCAAGCGGGAAAGGCAGUAAAAUCCAAGGAAUUGUCCCAACAACAACCAAUUCUUAUGGAAAUAUUGUUUAGCUUGCAGGAGUGUGGUUUGGUUUACUGGCUUCACUGUUUUGUGUUCAUGAAUCUUUAUUUUAAUGGAAUUAAAAGCAUAGGAACAUUUAUUUGGGGGAAAUGCAGCUGGGUGUGAAUUCUAUUAAAUGCAGCUUAGUGUGAAUUGUAUUAAAGACACGAUUGGCUUCUGUUA